CGAUGUUGGACGUGAGCGCUUGAUCGGGGAAAAUAACGCUUGGCAGUAGUAACUUAUUGAUCUCAACGGUGCUUUGUUGUUUCUUCUCUUGGCUGUCACGUAUACGUACAGUCGGUUCUUCAGAGUCUGUUAAAUAAUCACGAAACUGCCAUGGCGAAUGUGUAAUAAAAACCGUUAGUGAAGUAAUUAAUUGCAAGCGAAAAUAAACCAAAUUUAACGACAACGAAAAGUGAUACGAAAACGAUGCACAAAUGAAGCUGCAACGACAUAAAAGCAACCAAAGCCAGCGGAAAAGUAAACCCCACAGGCAUCCAAAAUGGGCCAGCAUAUGUUUAUGGAUGGUCGUAACGCUGGCUUUUUCGACCCACUUGGCACGGAGCCAAGAAAGUCGACAAACAGAGGACUCCAGAGAGGUGGAACUGCUGCAGGAUAAUGACAUCGAGUUCGCCAGUCUCGAUGGCGCCACCCAACUUUUGCCAGCAACCCGACAUUCCGGCGCAGACGUCACCGUGGCGCCACAGGCUUCCACCCCCUCGAUGACGUCAUCUGCGUCGUACACCGAGUUGCAAGGCGGCGAAAUCCUCAGCGACCGAAUCCUGCGGCGCAGCGAGAGUCCUUAUUUGGCACGCGACGAUAUCGAGGUCCUGCGUGGUGCUCGUUUGACCAUCGAACCGGGUGUUACCAUCGAGUUUGCCCCCACCAAAGGACUCAAAAUCAACGGCGUCCUUCAGGCGGUGGGCACACCGACCUCCAGAAUUGUGCUGAGAUCCCAGAGUAACACGGCCAACUACAAGCUGGAGCUGCCCGAUGACCAGGAGAAGGGCAUCAGACUGGUGGAUGGACCCACUCCCGUCGAGGGCAGACUGCAGCUGUUCCACAAGGGUGCAUGGAGAUCGGUUUGCUCCAACUCCAGAAAUUGGACAUUGGCGGAUUAUGGAGUGGCUUGUAAGCAGCUGGGCUACAGAGGCGGCAGAUUCUGGAAUUGGGUGGAGCGAACGCCAGGAUAUUAUCCCCGUCUCCUGUACGAGCAGCCCAAGUGUAGAGGAGGCGAGGGAAGUCUUAAGGAUUGCGCCUGGACCUCGCGACAAAUGGGAGCUGGGGCCUGUGAUUACCACAACGAUCUGGGUAUCCAGUGCCUGCCCGUCCAUUCCGAAACUCUGGGCCAUUGGCGUGGCAUAUACUUCGAUAAUGCGCCAUCCACAAAGGCGCUGGGCAGGGAUAACAUCGUUUAUGCGGCGCAAUCGGAGUCACGUCUGAAGUAUGUGGACAUCAUUAGGGCGGGAAGUGGCGCAGGAUUCAGUGCCAAGUCGGCAGUGGAAGUCCAGGGAUUGCCACCACAAAUGGAGCACGUGGUGAUCAGUCAUUCGGCCUACACGGGAUUCAAUAGCACACGUCCCUGGGCAGGAUUCCAGCUGCAGAAUGUCACCGUGCGGAAGUGCAAUGGCAUUGGCGUCUUCGUGAACUCCAGUCAAGGCGCAGUGCAAUUGGAUGGCUGUUCCAUCGUGGAUAACGCUGCAGACGGUAUCAAAUAUGUGGGACACGACUUGAGGGGAACGGAGAGGAAGGAUCGUGCCAGUAUAUAUGACUUUUGCACACUGCCCACGACGUCGGGCCAAACGUAUCCCAUUUCGCUGUCUUUUACGCAGAAAUAUUACGCAGGAUCUGGCAAGGAGUGUGGCAAGUACUUCUUCACACGACCAGGAUAUCUGCUCACACUCCAUUUUGAGAACUUUGUGCUGAUGCAAAACGAAACGGCCACCGUGGAAAUAUACGAUGGAGCCUCGACAAACGAUCGCCUGCUGUUCGAAUGGAAGGCCAGGAAUUUCACGAGGCCACAAAGUGUUACCUCAACGAGGGAGAAAAUGUUUGUGAGGAUACGAGCGGAUGCCAGGCAGGAGUUAAAUGGUUUCUUCCGCAUGACGUCCGGCGACUCGGUGGCCUACGAUCUCAAGGUGUCACAGUCCACGGUGGAGGAUAAUGGAGGUCGUGGUGUGGCCAUCGACAACAUAAGAUCCAAGCUGCAUGUGCACAGUAGUUCUGUAUCCGGAAACGGCCAUGUGGCCGGAGUUCAUGUGACGAGUGGCGCUGGAGAUGUGAACAUAACCAGCUCCAACAUUAGCUUCAACAAUGGCGCUGGCGUUAACAUCACCUAUUAUGGUGGCAAUCGGAACAUCUCCAGAUCGGCCUUGACUGCCAACAAAGGUUAUGGCAUGGCCACUUGGCUGAAUCAGACAUGCGAUGUGAAUCGCAUGGAGUACAUACCCUUUAAUCAAACCAGCGUGGUGGAGUACUCGCAGAUCGGUGGUAAUCUGGAGACUGGAGUUUUUCACGGCAAUUUCUGUCGCCCGAUUUGGGUGAACAUCACGGGCAACAGUUUCAACGGUAGUCAACAGAAUGAUAUAUUCAUUGAAUCCUGCUACCAAGCCACUGCCAAUGGACGUCCGAAUAUGCAACUUCAGCUAGGACAUAAUCAGUUCAAAUACUCCCAAGCAAACUCCAUAUAUCUGAGCCCAGCUUUGAAUCUUCAAGGACGAAUCGAGUACAAUAUGUUCCGCUUUGGUUCCUAUGGCUGUUUGUUCAUCAACAACGACUACAUAUAUCCGGAGUUUAACUAUUUUCCAGUUAAGCUGAUCAUACAAAGUAACUACUUUAUGAGAAACAGCGGAGUGCAUGUGGUUUCUCUCGGCUUAUCGCCUUACAGCAGAGCGGAAGUACAGUACAUACUCUUCACGAGGAACUUUGUGAGAGGUAACAAUAUUACGGAAGCAUUUGGUCCCCUAAUCGCCGGUUCAGAAGGCAGUGAUGGUGCUGGUCGACUGAAUCCGCGUUCCCGAGUGGCAGCUCCUGUUGUCGUGGGAUCAAGUAAUGUUGACGUGUUCCGGAACAUCCUGCACAAUCUGGAUUCCAUGUACGAAAUCGGCUCUCAGCUCACGGAUCAAAGUAAGAUUAUCAACGCCACUUGCAAUUGGCUGGGUCAUACGGAUGAGAACAAGAUAUACGCACGGCUCUUCCAUCGCAACGAUCGCUACAAUCUGGCCAAAAUAAACUAUCUGCCAUACCUUUUGCACAGCUCCAAUCCAGGCUCCACGGCCAUGAUCACAGUUUCCACUGUGGUGCCCCGAUUUUUCCACGAGGGCAGCGAAGUCAUUGGUGGCGAAGUGGAUGGCCAGGACAUGGUUCCAGCUGGAACGUACACUGUGACUAAGGACAUCAAUAUCAGACCUGGUGGUAAGCUCAUACUCCAGCCAGGUACCACUCUUAGGUUCGAGCCCAGUGUGGGAAUGAUGGUGGCAGGAAAACUGGAAGCCAGAGGACGCAGACCCGAUGAUAUACUCUUCACUUUGAAGCGAGAAACGAUUAUGGGCGAAUCCAAUGACACGGAAACCAUCGAUUUGGAUAGCGAAACUGAGGCCAUCGAUAUGGAAACGGAAGUAAUACCCUCGGAUGGUGUACCGCGAGUUCCAGUUCGAUUGGUCGGCGGAACGGGUGCCAAUGAGGGAAGACUUCAGGUUUACUUAAAAGGACGAUGGGGCACCGUGUGUGAUUAUGGCUGGAAUGUUCUGAAUGCAGCGCUGGUUUGCCACCAAUUGGGCUACUCCCUGAACCCGCAGGAUUGGAGAUUACUUCGCUCGCAGUUACCAAAUGCCGGCACUUCCGAGGACAUUUUGAUGGCCAAUGUCAGGUGUACACUUCAGGAUCGGGACGUGACCAAGUGCCGCGCGGAGUACGAGUUCGAAAACACCUGUAGCCAUGAUAACGAUGUGGGUAUCAGGUGCUAUGAGGGUGCCUGGGCUGGAGUUCGUUUCAGUAUGCUGGCCGAAAGGGCGGACCUACAGUAUGUCACUGUGGAAAAGGCUGGACUUUUCGACUAUACCACCAAUGCCUUCAAGCCCGCUGUUCAAAUGGAUCAUGCUCGUCACAAUCUGGAAAAUGUGAGAAUCGUGAACAAUCUGCAAGACGGUUUGGGUAUUAUAUACGCCGACAUCUACGCUGGCAAGUCCGUGAACAACAUCAAAAACUCGGAGUUCUCUGGCAAUAAGGGAAGCGGAAUUAGUCUAAAACAACUGGACUUCAGAGUCUCAGGAUCCAUCAUCAAGGAUAACAAAGGCAGUGGUGUUUCCCACGAUGCAGUGAUUUCUGCUUUGGAUCAAAAAGAAAUUGGAGGAUGGUUUAACAUGGCCACAGAUUUCAACUCCUUCGAUACAGAUUACGAUCCUUACCUGUUGCCCCAUGAAAUAAGCAAUAUCGACCUGGGGACCUUCGAGCACAAGUACAUAAGAACUGAAGAGCUACUUGGUCAGAACAUCAAUCGCAAAAUAGUGGUUCAAUGUCCAGCUGGUUAUGUCAUUGGAAUACAGCUCCUGAAUCCCAUACACAAUCUGUCCACAGAGAGCAUAAACAUCCUGAAUGCGAGGACAGAGAAUAUUCGAAGUGAUCUGUGGCAAGUUAAAAGAGACUUAAACGUAUUCCCAGUAACCAGCAGCAGUUAUGGCAUUAUAAUUUACUACGAAAGUGGCUUGCAGGCGUUGGGAGGAGCUGUUUUGAUGCUGAGCACAGUCACAGCUCCAGUUCAAAACAUUCGGAACCGCAUUGUCAGCGGUGCUGUGCCCACUUUAACCAUUCGAUCAACGAAGAUACAAAAAAAUCUAAGAGGUAUUACGGGCAUCUACUACAAUCGCUACAUAGGCGACAAUGGGGAGUAUUAUUUGCGGAAAGCCAAUGAAUCAAUCAAGCUUAUCAACUCUGAGCUUAGCUACAAUGAACGAGAGGCUAUACUCAUCAGGUCACCAUUCUGGGAUGUGAUCUCCAGUAACUUAUCAGAGGUUACACUUCACGUGAAUGGCUCGCUAAUCACCCAAAAUGGACUUGGUAUACGGCAAAUGUCGAAGGAUCUGCGAUCGUCGAACAACCUCUUCCAUUACGUCAUACAGGAUACUACAGUUGAGCAGAAUACUCAUGGCGGCUUCCAGGUGUCUUUGCCAUACGUGUGGCAGUACAACGAAAACUUUACCCAUUCGAUUUAUUUCGGCAACAGCACCUGGCAAAGAAAUCGCGACUUCCACAUUUCCGUUUCCGGUCACUAUACAGUCUUCAAUAUAACCUCCAAUGUCUUUAGAGAGAACAACUGUCCUGGACCACUGAUAUCGCUAGAUGGAAUGGAAAAGCGACUUCGUUUUGACAACAAUCGUUUUGAGUCGAAUAACGCCAAGUUUGUGCUGCUUUUCAAGGCGGAUUCCCUGAGUGAAAUCAUUGGACAAGUGCCUGCCAGCAUAGAAUUUAACAGCUUCAAAGGAAAUAACAUUGUGACCAUGAGCGCAAACUACAGAAAUCAUUAUAUGAAGGCGGCCAGAAGAAUGCGGAAACAACAUAAAAUACCCACCGCAGUAAUUCGACUGGAUGGUGUCCAAAAUGUGCGACUGUAUCGUAAUCUGAUAGCCGAAAAUGAAAUGGACUACAAUUUGGUGGCAGGUGUAAGAUCGGCCAGAUUGAACAACUACUUUGAGGCAAGAGAGAACUGGUGGGGCACCAAGGAUACCGCCUUCAUAGAGGCUAAGAUCUUCGACUUUGACAACUGGAACGAUCAUGCGGAUGUCAUUUAUCAGCCAUUCCUCAUCGAAGACAGUUACGAUGCCAGUGUUUCUGUGGUUGUGCCCUUCAAUCAAGAUCAGGAGAUCGACUUGAGCAGCUAUAGAGGUGGUAGAGUGUAUAAGGACUUGCUGUUGACGAAACAGAGUACCCCCUACUAUAUAUCCUCCGAUAUAACAGUAAUGCCCGGCAAAACUUUGACUAUAAACCAUGGCGUUACUAUGGAAUUUGAACCCAACGUCGGUAUAUUAGUUUUGGGCACCCUAGUGGCCAUUGGAUACAGGGAAUCACCUAUUGUGAUGAGACCAUUUAGAAAUGCCACCAGAGAAUCUCUGAUCGAUGUUCAGCCCAAGAAACGGGCUCUGGAGGAUAUGAGUGCUCCACUCACCGAAUUCGAUUCCAUCAGACUGUGUACCAGUGCCAACAACUGCACAGGAGAUGCCGAUGGAUUGUUCGGAUUGAAUGAGGGAUUUUUGGAGUACUUCAAUCAUACCACUCUUCAGUGGGUUCCUAUUUGCGACAGCAGAUUCACCGAGCGGAAUGCUCAAGUGGUUUGUCGAGAACUGGGCUAUGAUCCUCUGAAUGUUUACUAUGGUCAUGAUCGCAGGAUAGAGUUCCACACGAACUCAUUGACGCGCAUUUGGUCAUGGGUGCAACCAUUGGAGUGUCGCGGUGACGAGGAGAGAAUGGAGGAUUGUGCCGAGCGUUUGAAUGGUCAACUUUAUGGACACCGCCACGAAUGCCGUUGGGAUGAUGCGUUCGUCUUUGUCAGUUGCAAUGGCAUUGCUGACGAUGAAGUUUAUUGGGGUGGCAUACGAUUCGCCAACUCCAAGUUCGAGGAAAUCCAAUAUGAACAUCGUUUGCACAACACAAGGUCACAUGCAAGGUUGCCAUUGAGGGAAAGCCAGUUGGAGUUCGUCAGGAUCGAACAGGCAGGCAUACUGCAUAAUCACAAAGCAGCUGCCAUUCAAGCCAUUCACAAGAAUCCAUCCAUAACCUCGGUGAGCAUAGAGAACUCGGCUAAUCAUGGCAUAAACAUGAUUGCUCCCAGUGGUAAACUGAAUUUGAAUCACCUGAACAUCAACAAUACUUUGGGAACCGGCAUUAGCAUUGUGUCUCUGAGUGGCGAGGGACGUGAUAGUGAUGAAUCUAGUUUCACGCCCUUGAAGAAGUUGGAUCUACCAUAUAAGCUCUUCUCCCUGGUGGAUAUAUGCGAUCCCCAAAAGGUGCUGACCAUCGAGGAACGCAUGCUGAUCUACUACAAAUACGAUAACAAUCCAGUGAACUGUGUGAAGAUUUUCACCUCCGCUUUUCGUGCUAAGCCCAUUGGUUUCAGACUGCUACAAUCCAAUUUGUUUAAUCACUCCAAGUUGUAUGGCAGAACCGAUUUUAUCAAGUUGUUCGACGGUGAUAUCUACAAUGUGACUGCCACCUAUUUGGGCAAAAUCGAAUCUGAUACGGAUAAUCAGAGAUCGUUCUUCAAGACCAAGGGUCCAACGAUGAGUCUCCAGUUGGUGGCCAGUGGUGCUCCCGAAACACAUGGUUUCAUAGCUGAGGUCGUCACUGUGCCCAUUUCCACAUUGGGUCAAUAUCGCGAUGCCUUGCACAACAUCACAGAUACUCAUAUCUCAGGUGCGAUUAAGGGGGCGGUUACCUACUCUUCUGCCGGUGAGGUCACGCCCACCUUGACUUUGAUUGGCAAUCGAAUAGAGAAGAAUUGCCGUCAGAUGUAUGGCAAUUUCUCCACCUGCACUUCGGCUCUGAAUUUGGAUGUGCAGAACAUGAAUUCAUUGUAUUUUAUGAACAACCUGAUAACGGAAAAUCAAGGUGGUCUUCGGAUUAGAGCCGAUUCUCGAGGUUCAGCCACUUCACUUCGAGGCUUUGUCCAUCACAAUCUCUUCAUGAGGAAUCGCAAUCGUCCAGCCCUGUACGUGGAAGGUAGACAAUCCUCGCCGUAUCAAGAAGUGGAGCUUUAUCGCAACUACUUUGCCCAAAAUAUGGCUGGUUAUGAGGAUGUGAUUAGAUUGUGCCAAGUGGUAUCCAACUUCAGCUAUAACUAUGUGCACAGCAAUGUGGGUGGAAGAAUCAUGGAGGUUUCCGGCUUCGAAAAGGUGCGAUUGCAGAUCUAUCAGACAACGGCUCACAAUGGUUUCUACAGGAAUUUUGCCACUAACUGGAUGACCAGGGCAACAAUUGUGGCUGGAACAGCGGGCCAGCAAUAUGUGGAUAAUAUUUUCGAAAACCACGAAAACGACUAUGAGCUGCUCACAGUCAACAAUUCCAUUUUGAGUUUUGACUAUGAAAACAGGACCUUUGAAACCUGGAGCUCUAAGAUCGAUGCUCGUCACAAUUACUGGAGCUAUAACAAUACCAUCUCGGUGCAGUCUCGUAUCAGAGAUAAAUCAGAUGAUCCUAUGCUACUGGAGGUCUUAGCCGUGCCCUUCCAAAUGAACAAUGAGACAAUACUGGAUGGUAAAUGUCCUCCAGGCUGGGCACUGGUCCAUGACACCUGCUUCAUCUAUGUGGGUGCUCCCAUGACUUUCCACGAGGCGCGAGACUUCUGUCGCUCGGAGAACUCGACAAUGCCAUUCAUACGCACCGAUAAGACUACGCUAUGGAAGUAUUUGCAGAGCCAGAUGAGGCACUUGAAAUAUCCGGAUAAGGUUUGGAUUCAGGACUAUAAUCACAUAGAUCGCUGCACGAGCUUUGUGUUCGGGGAAAUCGAAAUCGAGGAUUGCAACAAGGAGCGGGGUUUCAUUUGCGAAUCGGAUCCCAGGGUGAUCAUUGAUCCUUUAUCCUGGCGUGCAGACAUCUUUGCCAUCAGUAUUAUCUCAGCCUUUGUCCUUGCCAUCAUAUUGCUGAUCCUAGUGGCCUUCUGUUGGUUCGCCAAAUCAAAGCAUCGACACACCCAACGACUCCAAAGGAGAAACAGUAUUCGGCAAAGUUUGCGCAGCUUGAACAGCAUCGAUCCGCAGGGUUCCCUUCGCCGAAGACCCAAUUAUAACAUGUCCAGCAAUGGAACGUUGUCCAAGAGUCAGGACUACAAGCAGAUGGUGGCCAAUGGUUCCAUAGAUUCCAUGGACAAGAGUGUGUUGAGCUCGGAAGCUGGUAGCUAUGAGGGUUAUGAACAGAAGCCCCACUACAACGAGUAUGUCAAUCAGAAUGCCCUGAGACCAGCACAGCCUGCCCAGGAUCAUCAAAGUCACAAGGUGGCCACCAUUUCCAAGGCAAGUGGCCAUCGUGCGAGAGUCGCUGCAGCUGCAGCUGCUGCCUUGGAACCCGACGCCUUUGAGUUAAGCUACCGUAACGAAGGAUUCCGGGAUAACUCCACUUACGGUGGUAACACCCGAGCAAAUUCUAUAAGUACCAGCGUGGCAGAGGAUACGCCAAUCAUACAUCACACAGAUCAGGAGAUCGAUGAGGGUGGUUCCGAUUAUUACGGAAAUGCGAGUACCUUGCCACUGCGAACCGAAGGAGGCACUCCUGCUGGGAGGCGUGGCCAACCCGGCUUGGCCUUUCUCAGCGAACUCAAACAGAAUCUGCCCGAGUACCAAAGAAGCUCGCAUAGCAGUUUUAUGCCCCACCGAAGCAGUGGCGACUCCCUGCCCUUUGAUCAAAAGCUAGAUCAAUUCAACUACUCUACAGAGUCCUCACUGUACCGCCCAGCGCCUGCGGUUCCCAGUAGUCAGCAGUCAACACCAGCGGACAUGCGACGUCCGGACUCGUAUUAUACUGCCGUCAGGAGUAGUAAAGCUCCAGUAUCACAUUACCGAACACCACGGCCACUGGCACAACCACCGGCCGCACCAAAUGUGGCGCCCCCGGGUGGACCCGCGCAACGGCGUCCCAAAACGGUUUACCAAACCGCAUCCGAGGAGUCGUCACCAACGACACCGUCACCACUGACCAAUCAGUACCAUCGCUCCAAGUCGGAGGCUCUACUUGAAACAGAUUUCGAUGAAGAUGGAGGAUCGGGUGGUCUGCAGCCACUGCAAACAAACGGACGAAGUCACAGUCAGCCCCUGGAAACGGCCAUGUGAAGUGCCGUCAUCAAUUCCAUACUCUAAUUUAACACUCACUCCCACACAUUAACCCUUUACGGAACUGACUAAAUACUAGGACAAAUUUGUAUUUAAUUUAUAGAGUAAGAGUUGCUUCUUGAAUUAGUAUUUGUUCAUAAGCUUAGCGUUUUGAAUGAAACAGAAUACAUUUAUUUUUCGCUUUUUUUUGUUUCACUUCACUUGAUUUUGUCAGUUUCGUUUAGGAUAAGAGCCACCACAGCUUCGUAGAUUUUAGUUUGACUUUAAAAAUGAUAGUAUACUUUUUAAAAUCGAGAUUACGAUUGAGAGAGACCAAGAGAGACGAACACGCCCGCCCGUUGUUUUUAUUUUUGUGGUAAACUUAAAUCAUUCCAUCCAUUAGCUUUAAGUCUACCAUUAACUAUUGCCGAAACGAAUUAGUUCUAAGUUGUUGUAUAUACACCGAAAAUAAAAGAAAACUAAUUGAAAAACCAUUAAAAAAUCA